GCCUGCCAUAAUGACUGGACUCUCGACGCCUGGUAUCCUGGCCCCUGAUCUCAGUCCUUCCAUCAACUUCGGCUCAUUUGGCUACCUGGUGGCCCACGAGAUGCUGCGAAGUAUCAUGUUCAGCGGUAGCGUCAUCGACGUGGACGGCAGCCUCCGCAAUUGGCACCUCCGGGACACUUCGGCCAAGUUCCGCAUUCUGGUCAAUUGCUUCGAGUCAAUGCUUCGCCGCACCAUCACGAGUGAGCUGACGAAAAGGGUCGGCGCCAGCAGCGUGGCGUCCUCGCAGAUGCUCAGCCGAGAGCUCGUCAUCGGCUCGACCGCUCUGCCGGCGGCUUUCAAGGCAUACCGCACGUUCAUGGCCCGUUACGAAGGCGAGUCCGAGUUCAGCUCACUGCCCCGGGUGCGCUUCUCUCAAAACCAGCUCUUCUUCCUUUACUUCGCCAAGAGCUGGUGUCAUACUCGGCGUCGCACUUACGAAUACAUCGAGGACGUCAAUCUGCCGCCACCCGAACUCAGGGUGAACCAUAUCCUGAGGGACUUUGAAAAGUUCGGCAAGACAUUCGACUGUCAACUGGGUGAUGUUAUGACGCCUCACUUCAAGUGCAGCACGUGGUAGACUCCUCUGCUCAUGAGAAUGCUUGCCCGAGUAAA